AAGCCCCAAAUUUAGAGAGACAGAGAUGAAGCUCAAUUCAUGGAGAUAAGGUUUAUCAGGAGAAGAGAACCAGAAUUUUUUGCCUUCAUCGCUGAAAAUCAUAGAUAAGUUUAUCGAUUCUGUGUAUUUUUACUUUCCGCUACAUGAAAUUUCAUCUCGAAGGUAGUGACUUUUGGAUGAAUACUAGUGUGAUAUAUACUCAAAUCUCACACCUUUGUUCUUGUUCUCGUUCUUGUUACUGUCUCCUUGUGAGUUGUGAUUGUACUCAGCCCCUGACCUCUUCGAGUGAAACCCUUUGAACCCAAAUCCGAAAUCCUAAGGCAUCGACAUGUCGAGCCUUCCGAUUGAUAUUAUGGCCGACUUGCUCUCGCGAUUACCGGUGACAACCCUACUGCAAUUGAGGUGCGUAUCAAAGUGUUGGCGAUCACUAAUUGAUAGCCCCAAUUUCAUAAAAAUGCAUCUUCAUCGAUCAAAGGGAAACACAGCCUGCCACAGCCUGGUAUUUAAUAGUAACAAGCUCUAUUCAAGUGAAUUGGAUUCACUCAAUUUCCUUAUGGAGCUUAAUCACCCUUUAAAGAAUUUCGGCACUACCACUGUGAUGGGUUCUUGCAAUGGUUUGCUUCUUUUGGCUAACAAAGACAAAGGCGUGUACUUAUGGAAUAUGUCUACUCGAAAACACCAUAAGUUGCCUGAUACAUCUGCUCAGUCCUCACCCUACCCUCAAUAUCUAAGGUAUAUGUCAUACGGAUUUGGAUAUGAUUCCAACCUUGAUGAUUACAAAGUGGUAAGGAUAGUUCAGUUUUAUUAUGAGGAGUGUGACUCUUUCAGUUCUGAAGUUAAAGUCUACAGUCUCAAAUCAAAUUCAUGGAGAACAGUCCAACAACUCCCUUAUUACCUUUGCUUCACGUGUCAAUGGGGUGCUUAUGCUUGCGGCGCUUUGCACUGGGCUGUGAAACAAAGACGAGACCCAGAUAUGCCAAUACUAGUAGUUGCUUUUGAUAUUGGGACUGAGGAGUAUAGGUUGUUAUCACAACCUGAAUAUUUGAUUGAGGAUUUCGACAUGGGUCUGGAGGUAUUGGGAGGAUGUAUUUGUAUAACUUGCUCUUAUGACACCAAUAUUGACAUAUGGGUGAUGAAGGAUUAUGGUGUGAAUGGGUCUUGGACUAAAUUUUUAGUAGUAAUCCCUCCUCGUGCACCGAUUCGUGAAUAUAUGAAGCCUUUGGCUUAUUCAAAGGGUGGAGAGGAAAUUCUCUUGAAUUGUGAUGGUGAAAGAUUUUUUUGGUAUGACUUGGCAUUGAAAACAUUCAAGGAGGCCACGAUUUGUGGCUCGCCUUUUUCAGAUUAUGUGCCUUAUUCAUACUAUGUGGUAGUUUACAUAGGGAGCCUUGUUCCUGUUGCGGACUUUGGUGAGAUUGAUCAUGGGAACCAACACGGACAAGAGAAAAAGCAACAAAAGAAUAGGAGGGAGAGGGAUGACUUUUUGUCAGAGGGCUUCAAACUGGUGCUAUAAGAAACCCUAAGGAUAAGUGCAAGUGGAAUGAGGAGGGAAAAGGGUUGGUGCUGAACUGACAAGGCAGCUGAGGAGCAUAUCAAGUAGUUUGAGAGUGGAUAAAAGCAAAAAAAGAUUACAAUUAGCUUCUUUUCCUUCUUCUCUGAUUUUCACUGAGUGAAUGUACCAUUUGGUGUUGUAAAAAGUAGUUUGACAAGGUCUCCUUGAAUCUUCCUUCUAAUUACUGCAUUUUUAAUCACAUGUCUUAAGUUAGUAAAACGUUCAGAUUGAGAAUAUAUUGGGGUUUGAUAUGAAUCCGCCUUUCUGGUG